AUGAUAGUCACUCGCCUCAUCUCGUUGACCAACUUCGUUGUUGCCUCGUCAGCGUUAGGAUUCCAGGUCUUUGUGCUAUACCCGUGGCACAAGCAGCUAGAUGAGUCUUUCGAGAGCCUCAAGAAAGAGCACCUACCAGAGCUUAAUGGAGGCCUCGCAAGGAUCUUCAAGGAUGCGCAGUCGGCGCCGCGCUGUUUUGGGGAUUGGAAGCGCAUCUCCGACUGGUUUCCGAACUAUCGGUGGGACGUCGGACCGGACAUGUGGGUUUGGCGGAGGGUAACCGCCGAGCACAUCUUCGGAACGGUGGCACAUUGGUGGAAUCCACCGCAACCGGAAGCCGACGCCUCAUCAAGUCGCGAACGACCUCGGAUGGAUCAGUCAGAAUCCCGUUCGACGGCCCCAGCGCUGAAUUUCUCUAUUUUGGGCUUAGACUCGCCGGCCUUGUUCCUGCCUUUCCUGGCAACCGGCGCAUAUGCUCAACAGUCAGCAUACGGCCAAUGUGGUGGAACUGGCUGGACCGGUGCCACUUCCUGCGUGAACGGUUACGCUUGUGCGAGUCUAAACGCAUAUUACUACCAAUGUCUCCCUGGCACAGCAGUCUCGAGCACAGUGAAACAGACCUCGACAACUAUCUCGAGUGGAGCUAGCACCACAGCUACAGGUCAGACUACGAGCGCUUCAGCAUCCGCAACCACGCCACCGAAGACGCUUGUUUCAGGUCACUACUGGAUCAGGGCAGUGGAGUCGCCAAACUUCCACUCCUAUUUGCAAGCUGCCCCAACGGCAACCCCAUCCCCGGGACCGGGGGAUGCGUACCUGCGUUCGGCCACAAAUGCGGGCCAGUUCAACAUCGUUGAUGGACAGCUGGUCUACUACACUGGAAGUUCCACCCUAUACAUGGGUGUAGAGAACCCGGCGAACAAGACUCAAAGAACAUUGGAGACCCGGUUCGACACAACGCAGAACGAUUAUGGCACAUUUGCUUUCCAGGGCGACACAGUGACCUGGACUGUCGCGGACAUCAGUAGGCCCAACACGGCUGCUUGGUUGGUCUGUGGAGACGAGGGAAAGCUCUACAUCAACACUGGUGCUUAUGCCUAUAACACACCCGCAGGCUGCGCGGAUGAAACUAUUCAUUCGUAUGGAGGUUCCACUGCAGACAUCUAG